AUGGUUGAGAUUGAGGAUUACUUUUCGAUACAGAUCUUUUUCAUUAUUCUUCGGGAAACUUUGGAGUCUGCAAUUAUCAUUUCAGUACUUCUUUCAUUUAUAAAUCAGCGAUCUCACAAGUCCGACGCCAAAACCACCACAAGUACCAGUUCAACGCCUAGUCAGUCAAGCACUCAUCUACAACAAGUUCAACGAAAACUAAAGAUUCAAGUAUGGGUGGGUGCAAUUUUGGGACUUGUGAUUUGCUUUUUGAUUGGGCUAGUAUUUAUUUUAGCAUUUUAUUUCAUUGGGAAAGAUUAUUGGGCAUAUACGGAGCGUGUUUGGGAAGGGGUGUUUUCGAUAUUGUCAAGUAUAAUAAUCACUGUAAUGGGUAUUGGAUUAUUACGUAUUAAUAAAGUCAUGAAAUUGAAAUGGUGGAUCAAGUUGGGUGAUGCAUAUAAUCAAGAGGGAGACGAAGAAGGUGAAGAGGAGAUUGCAAAAUUGGGUGACGACGGUAUCCUUUCCGAUGAGUUUAGCGAAAGUGAUGUUAACGAUGGUGUCAUCAGCUAUGGCGGAACAAGAUCAAGCGUGGAGUCAGAAAGCGUUCCAUUAACAGGAUCAAGCGCAGCGCCGGUUGUAUCUACCAAGCUAUCGUCUUCUUCAAAAAGAGAAAAGUUUGGUAAAAAGUAUUUUUUGGCCAUUUUGCCGUUAGUGACAACUUUGAGAGAAGGUUUGGAGGCCGUGGUGUUUGUAGGAGGUAUUGGUGUGAGUUCGCCAGCUUCGUCAUUCCCUUUAUCAAUCGCUUGUGGACUUGCACUUGGUGCAUUGGUGGGUUACACCUUAUACAAAGGAGGAAAUAAGUUGUCAUUGCAGUAUUUUUUAAUAACGUCAACGUGUUUUCUUUACAUUGUCAGUGCUGGAUUAAUGAGUCGCGGGGUAUGGUUUCUCGAAUUAGAAUCAUUUGUUCGCAAAUGUGGUGGAUUGGAUGUCAGUGAGACUGGUAGUGGACCAGGAUCUUAUGACAUUGCUAAAAGUGUUUGGCAUGUAAAUUGUUGCAAUGGGUUAACCGACGGUGGAUGGAUGGUGCUCAAUGCUAUUUUCGGGUGGACAAAUUCAGCAACCUAUGGCAGUGUCAUCACCUAUUGCUGCUACUGGCUUUUUGUCAUUAUUUGGUUGAACAUCAAAUUAUACGAAGAGAGGGAAGGAGUGUUGCCCUUUGUUCCAAUCAAAUGGCAGUCGAAACGAAUUAGAAAAAAGAUUAGAUUAUAUGAAUUAAGAAAUAGCCAAAGCUUGCACACAAUAGAGCAGUCCCAUCAAGAAGAAGGAAUCGCCGAGGCUGAGCAACAAGGUUUGUUGGAAUAA